GCUGUGCUAUGGGGCAGAGCUGUGGGGUUUUGCUGUCGCUGUGCUUUCCUCACCUUUCCCAAGCACCUUUGGGGUGCAGGCAUUGCCCAGGUGGGAUAAACCCUAUGGGAUGUUUCCCAGCCCCACAUACACAGCCCUAUAUGCACAGCCCUAUAUACACAGCCCUAUAUGCACAGCCCUAUAUGCACAGCCCUAUAUGCACAGCCCCCCCACGAGGUGAUUCCGCAUUGGGGCAGCGCUGCUCUUCCGCCCCAUAACGCCGACAGGAAGCGCACGGCGGAGCCACCCAGCCCCAUAGCGCUCCCCAUAGCGCUCCCCAUAGCGCAGCAUCCCCCCACUGCGCCCAUUGGGGGGGUCCCAACAUUUCGGAUCCCAUUGGAUCAUCCUGACCCCAUAGAGCCGGGAUGCUGCAGCGAUCCCGUAGCCGUGCGGGGUGGCCGAUGCACCGGGGCGAGGAGCCGGACGAUCCCUCAACCCACAUCUACCUCAACCUUCAGGAGCUGCAGCGGGAGGCCGCAGCGUGCAGCACAGCCCCACAGCCCCACAGCCCGCCCCACAGCCCGCCCCAUAGCACAGACUGGGAGACCCACCGCGACACCGAGUCGGGACAUUUGUUCUAUUACAACCCCAGCACCGGGGAGACAACCUGGGACUGCCCCUAUGGGAGGGAUGAGGACACUGUGAGCCCCAGCGCGUCCCCCCCGGCCUGGGGGCAGCAGGGCAGUGGGAGGGAGCUGCGCUAUGGGGCGGUGACAGGUGGGGGGCUGUGGGACCCACAUUGUGUGGGAGAAGACCCCCGGGAGAUGGAGACGGGGAUGACACCCUACAGUCCCAUGGAGCACAGGCCGCCCACCCCCGAAGCAGAUUACCCUGGUUACCCCGAGCUGUCCCCAGACGAGUUGGAGGUGGACCCUGAUGACGGCUGCUCACCCCCCGGGUCCUACCAAUGGGGGGCAGCUCCGUACCCAGCCCCACGGCAGCACCCAGAGCUCACGGUGUCACCACGGUGGUACGGAGCCACUGGGGACCAUGAGCAGCUCAGCAGUGAGACGGUCCUGGCAGGUCUCCACCAUCGCGCCAGCAGCAGCUCCAGCCAGGACAGCGGGUUGUUGGCAUGGCCCGGUGGCAGCCCGCUAUCACCAGGGCUCCGCGAGGAGAAGCUCAAAAACCUCGACAAGGCCGGGGUGCUCAACAGGACCAAGACGAUGGACAGAGGGAAGCGGAUACGGAAGAACUGGAGCUCGUCCUGGACGGUGCUGGAGGGCGGAAUCCUGACCUUCUUCAAGGACUCCAAGCACUCGUCCGCGGGUGCUCUGCGACACCCCACAACCAGCACCAUCAGCACCCCCGAGCACACGGUGGAGCUGCGCGGGGCCGCCAUCGGCUGGGCCAGCAAGGAGAGAUCCAGCAAGAAACACGUGCUGGAGCUGAGGACACGGGACGGCUCCGAGUUCCUCAUCCAACACGACUCGGAGCAGAUCGUGGCCACGUGGCACCGGGCCAUUAAUGACAGCAUCGUCCUGAUGCAGGGCUCCGAUGUCCCCACGGAGGAGGAUUCUGAGAGCGGGACGGAGUUCGGCUCAAGGGAGAAGCUGGGGGGCGAGGAGAGGAGGGCGGCGGCUCCCAUCCCAGCUGACAGUGACUCCAACCGAGUGCGCAAUAAACUCCGCAAGUUCCUCCAGCGGCGGCCGACGCUGCAGUCCCUGCGUGAGCGCGGAUACAUCAAAGAUCAGGUCUUUGGGUGCUCGCUGCAGGUGUUGUGUGAGCGGGAGCACGGCACCGUGCCGCGCUUUGUGCUGCAGUGCAUCCACAGCGUGGAGAGGAGAGGGCUGGACAUUGACGGGCUCUACCGGGUCAGCGGCAACCUGGCCACCAUCCAGAAGCUGCGCUACAAAGUGGACCAUGAGGAGCACCUGGACCUGGAUGACGGGCGCUGGGAGGACGUCCAUGUCAUCACUGGUGCCUUAAAGCUGUUCUUCAGGGAGCUGCCGGAGCCGCUUGUCCCAUUCGGACACUUCGACAAGUUCAUUGCUGCCAUCAAGAUGCAGGACCCGCUGCAGAAGGGACGCUGUAUCCGGGACCUGGUGCGCUCGCUGCCGCCCGCCAACCACGACACCAUGAAGGUUCUCUUCGGGCACCUCUGCAGGGUGAUUGAGUUCAAGGAGGAGAACCGCAUGUCGGUGCAGAGCGUCGCCAUCGUCUUCGGCCCCACGUUGCUGCGGGCACCGAGCGAGGAGGGCAGCAUGGCCGUGCACAUGGUGUUCCAGAACCAGGUGGUGGAGCUCAUCCUCAACCAGUACGGACACAUCUUCCCCGAGGGGUAGAGUGUGAUGGGGGACAACACGGGGACACAGUGAGGGUGACAUGGGGACACCAUAAGGACACCAUGGGGACACCAUAAGGACAUCACAAGAACACCAUGGGGACACCAUGAGGACAUCAUG